AUGCCGGGCAUAUGUCGGAUGACAGUUGUCGACACCUCGGGAAUCCACAUCAUGUCAAUUCAUUUUUGCCAAUGCUCUGAUGCACUCACAGCGGACAAGCAGUUGUUUGAAAUGGGCCUAUUUCUGGCAUCGUUCACCCGCCCAAAGAUGGCCUUCACUUUUACAUUGCUGGACGAUUUUAUUCAGGCCAACCUGGAAUGUGGCACUUCCAGUAUGAACUAUUAUGGCAAACUCAGGCGAAUCACAUCCAGCAUGUUCCCUCAUUUAGUGCCAGUAAAGGAGUUACUCAGAGUAGCCAGGCAGUGGCACCAGUUGAAGCUAUUGAAGUGGAACAGAUUCGGCCACGAGCAGAGGGACCCGAAUGAUGGCGAGCUGGCUUUGUUCUGCCCAGCAUGUCCACAGCCAGGGAUAAACAUGACUUUGCCUAAUGAAGACACUACAAUGCAGUGGCUAUACUCCCGUUCCCUGGUGAUGGAUGGAAAUUUUAAAGCCGAGCAUCUGCACCCAAUCAACCCAGAAGAUGAGGCCCAUCUGGCAAUCACUGAAGAUUUGACUCAGCGGUCGGAAUGCAACAACCAUAGGGCGGUAAACCAGGGAAACACAUCUUGGCACAAAUUAGAAGCUACCAGAAUCAGUGGGUGCGCAUGCACUCGCUAUGGGUGCUUUGUGCCCAAUUCAAUGGUGAAUUUCCAAAAAGGGGAGAGGUAG